AUGCAACCAAAUCAUUAUGGGGGUUACCCUGCUGGUGGUCAUCAACAGCAACCAAUGAUGAUGUACGGAAAUAAUACUCAAAACCUUUCUUUAUCAUCGGGAGGUGUUACUCUUACGAUGAGUGGUAAUAAUAAUACACCAGGGAUUGUUGGUGGAGUUCCAAUUAUGUAUCAACAACAAAUGAUGAUGAGUCCACUUCUUCCGUAUAAUUUGAAAGGAGAAGUUGUGAUCAAGCUUCAAAAUCCAUUUUCAAUUAAAUUGUUACCAAAAUCUAAUACUUUGGUGAUGGUUGAUGGAAAUAUAGGUCGUGUUGUGAUGAAGGAUGCAACUACUGGUAUUAUUAAAGAAGAUUUCUCAGUUACAUCUGGAUGUGUUAAAGGAAUUGGGGUUGAUCCAACAGAUGAUAGUUUUUAUAUAAUUUCAGGAAAAUUCUUGAUAAAAUAUGAUUAUCGUGGAGUUUAUCUUGGAAAAUUUGCAAAGAAAAUGAAUUUGAACAAUCCAUAUGGUUGUACUGUUGAUGAUACUGGAAAUGUCUAUAUCACAGAUUUGAAUGAUUGUAAAAUUGUUGUUCUCUCACGUGAAGAGCAACUUGUAAAUAAGAUUGAAUUUAACAAACCAUACGAUAUAGUAUUUGAUAAUGUGAAUAAGCUCCUAAUUGUGACAGAUCAACAAAAGGAUUGUGUUAGAAUUUUAGCAAAGAGUGGUCAAGAAAUUAGAAAGAUUGGAGACAAGGGUAACGCCAAAGGUCAAUUCAGUUCACCAAGUGGUGUUUGUGUGGAUGGAAAUUCUCAAAUUUUCGUAGCAGAUUAUGGAAAUCAUCGUGUACAAAUGUUUGACAUUAAUGGAAGAUUUUUAAAUUCAUUUGGAACAAAGGGCAAUACAGAUUCACAUUUUGAUUUACCAAGAUCUCUAUGUGUGGAUAUGAAUGGAAAUUUAUAUGUAGCAGAGUAUGGUAAUUCACGUGUACAAGUAUUCAAAAAGUUGUAA